CGCUGACGAAAGACGAACACAAUCGCGAAUUUACGCGGCGUUUGCGACAUAUAACACGCACAAGGGCGCGCCACAAAACAACCGGCGACGGUGUCUAACAAGUGUGUUCGGCAUGUGUACGAUUUGGGAGGGAGCAAACGAAAAAAGAUGUGUGCAUAAGAGAGGACGCGUGGCCCUUUUUGCAAACUUCACAAAGCACGCGGUGGGAGCAAGACGACGCGCAGGAACCAAACCGCCUCCAAAACAGCCCUGCGCGCGCACGCGCGCGAACCCCCGCCCGCGCGUCGCGUCGGCGCUCUCUCUGUUUCCCUUUCAAGAACGCAGUCCGAGCAGGGAAGCCCGGUGCGGCGCCGAUAGGCCGGCGACGAGGACGACGCUUCUCACCGCGGCACGAUGUGGCGGCACGGCGGGACGACCCGCUUCUGGAUUUGCUCGGUUGUCGCCGCAGUCGCCACGCUCUUCGCUAGCGGACAGAAGCCCAUACCGCACGGAUGCGACCUGGAAAACGAAUCUAAGGGAGCUUCAAAGUGCGCUCAGGAGAACUUCGAAGGAAAGUUCGACCAGGUGAUGGCUGAGAAGCUCGUAAUCGGCUGCAUCACGGGAAACCUCACCAUCGCCGAAUUUCGGAACCGCUGCCUGAAGCCUCCAUUGAUCAAGUUCGUACAAAAGCCGACGAUGGACCAUCUGGCCAAAUUUCAAAACUGCGUUGUUAAAACAAUUUACCCGCACUCGAAUCUCUUUAGGUGAUCGCUGGUUGCCGACUAUCAUAAACAAUAAAAGGCUCAACGUCACGGUCGACGCGAUGUUCGGCA